AUGGAUAGUAAUAACACGAAAAGACAAAAAACUGGGAAUCAUUACCUGAAUUAUACAAUAACUUCAAAUAAUGAAAAAAUUGAUAUUAUUACUGAUAUUUCAAAUUUAUCAAGUGAAAAAUUUUUCAAUAAUUAUAUAUCAAUUAGAAAACCAGUGAAAUUUAAUAUACCAAUUAAUCAACAAAUUAUUCAAUUAAAUAAAUUUAAAAUUAAUAAUUUAAUUAAUACCUUAAAUUAUAAUAAUAAUAAUACCGAUAAUACCAAUAAUGAUGAUGAUGAAAAUUUUUUACUAGUUGAAAAAAAAUAUCAAAAUGGAUUUGGAUCAGGACAAAAAAGAAUUAAAAUGAAAUUAAAUGAUUUAAUAAAUGAAAUAAAAAAUGGUAAUGAUGAUUAUUAUUUAACUACUCAAUAUGAUUUUGAUGAUCCUGAUAAUAUUACCAAUGAUAAAGAGGAGGAGGAGGAAGAGGAAGGUGAUGUUUCAUUUGAUCAAUUUUCUGAUACAUCAUCAAUUGAUAUGAAUAAUUUUCAUGAUGAUUUUGAAGAUAUUGAAAAUGAUUUUAAUGAAUCUAUCAAUGGAGAUGAAAACAACAACAACAACAACAACAGUAAUAAAAAUGAUGAAAUAAUGACACCAGAAGAAGUUGAAAUUAGAAUUAAAGAAUUAUAUCAACCUCCAUUAACUAAUUUAAUUAAUAAACCAGAAAUUCUUCCUUAUUGUCCAUCAUUUUUUAAUCUUAUUCCUCAACAAAUCAAUUUAUGGAUGGGAUCUACCACCAAUAAUGAAAAACAAUCUAACAACGAUCAUUUCAUUAUAGAUGAAUCAAAAUUAGAUUUAGGAUUAGGUAAACAAAUACCAUUAACUAAUGAACCUGAACCUAAACCUGAAUUUGAACCUGAAUGUGAACCUGAAUCUAAAACUUUAACUUUAAUGGGAACAUCAACAGGAUUACAUCAUGAUCAUGCUGAUAAUUUAUAUAUAUUAAUUCAAGGGAAAAAACGAUUCACAAUUUUAAGUCCAAAUGAUGCUAUGAAAUUAUAUACUAUAGGAAAUAUUUAUAAAAUUUUCCAUAAUGGAUUAAUUGAUUAUGAAAUUAAUGAAAAUUCAUCAAAUUGGAAACAUAUACGUGAUGAUGGAGCAAUUAUUGAAGAAAUUAUUUAUUGGAAAUUAGAUAAAUUGAGAAAAUCCAAGAAAGAAAAAGAAAAAGAAAAAGAACAGAAAGGAGGACAGAAAGAACCAAAAGAGGAAGAUGAAAAGGGAUUGGAUGAAGAGGAAGAGGAAGAGGAAGAAAAAUUGUUGAAUGAAUUACAAAAUCAUAUUAAACAAUAUCAAAUUCAACAACAACAGAAUAAAAGAAAAAAUUUAAAUAAAAAAUCUAAUAUUCGUCUUGAUCCACCAAAUUUUUCUAAAAUUCCUCCAAUUUUAUUACAUCUUGAUGAAUUAAAAAAUAAUAUAAUUCGGAAAAAAAUUGAAUCAUUUGCUAAUAAAUUUUUCCCAGGAGUUUUACAAUUAAAUAAAUUAAAAGUUUGGUUAAAUCCUGGUGAAAUGCUUUAUUUACCUGCUGGUUGGUUUCAUGAAGUUUCUAGUUUUGGUGAAAAUAUUGUUAAGAAUAAUAAUGACAAUAAGGAAAAUCUAGGAACAACAACAAAAACAACAACAACAGGAGAAGGAGAAGGAGAAGGAGAAGGAGAAGGAGAAGGAGAAGGAGGAGCUCAUAUUGCCAUUAAUUAUUGGUUUAUCCCACCUAAUACAACGAAAUUUGAUGAUUGUUAUGAAGAUAAUUAUUGGAAAGAAGAUUGGGAAAAAACCAAAAAAGCAAUGAAAUUGGUUAAAGAUGGUGUGGUUAGUUUAUAG